CAUGUAUAAAACGCUCUCUCCCCAUCCAACGGCAUGGCCGGAAAGAAAUGGAAUCCGACCAAAAUUCCGGUCCGUUCUGCCACAUUCCGUUCGAAUCAUCCAAUUGCAGGCUAAAAUUCUGGCCACAUCCUCCUAGUGCAGACGAAAAUUCCAGCGAAAUCUGCCAGAUUCCGGGCGAAAUUCUGCAAUCCAUCCUUCUCCGCCUGCCCUUUUCUGACCUCUUAAUCACCCGCUCCACCUGUAAAUGCUUAGCCGGAGAAAUUUCCGGCCAAGAGUUCCGAUCAUUAUACGACAAAACGUCGCAAGAAAACUGGCUCUAUCUUUACAAGAAGAAACCGCUCAAAACCUCAUCCAUCCUCGCUUACAGCGACAUGUGCCGACGCUGGUUCAAGAUCCCGAUCGCCGGAAUAUUUGCCUCGGCGAUAAAUUCGGGCGAGGACCUCUAUCUGUUGGCCGCUUCGAAAGGGUUUGUGCUCUUUGCCCUAAAUAGAGGAGGCGAAUUAGUCGCAGGCAAUUUGGUGUCCGGCGCCGUGAAAAAGAUCCCGGCGGGCCCACUAGGCCCUCGUCGGACGUGUACGUGGCGGCGCUAUGGCCUUACGAUGGUGGCGGGGACCUCCUCGUUUGAAUUUCUUUUCGCCGAAAGUAUCGGGGGCCAACCCGUUGUUUUCGUUUACAAUUCCGAAACUGAAUCGUGGCGUGUUAUUAUCGCCAAGCCUUUCGGGAACUUUUCGGCAAGAAAACGUGAAAUCCUUAGUGCUUCGCACGUGGGGGAACACAGCACCUUAGUCUCGAUUGACCGGGAAUCGGACAUGGCAUCCAUUCUCCGGCCCAAAUUUGAGGGAAAAAUAUUUUCCGUUUAUGAAACUCAUGUUUUUGGGGAUGGGUGGAUGAUGGUUGUUAAGUCGGAGGGUUUUGGCACGUGUGGCAGGGUUAUGACACACGUUGAGAUUUGGGGGCUGGGUUUGGGAGGAGAGAGGUGGGAAUUAAGGGGGCAGGCGCCUAGAGAGAUGUUAGAGAGAGAAAGUAGGGUUUAUGAUGUGAUGAUGGGGUGUUUGGAGGAGAGAGAAAGUGUUAUUAGGGCAGUGUUGGUGUCUAAUCUGAAGGGCAAAUGGGACAUGGUUUGGGUGUGUUUUGAUAUGAUGAGAGAGAAAUGGGAAUUCAACUUUUUACCCCAAUGUGAUAUGGAGGGUGGAAAUAUUGCUGGGAUUGCCAUUUCCUCUUCACUCCCACUCAUGUCACUCAAUUCUCAAAGAUUUUAG